AUGCCUCGCGAUCCCCUCAUUGGGCUCGUGGGGAAGCCCUCGGCGGGCAAAAGCAGUACGAUGAACAGUUUGACAGAUGCGACUUCCAAAGUUGGCAACUUUCCCUUCACAACCAUCGACCCCCAACGAGCGAUCGGCUACCUGCAAAUAGACUGCGCCUGCGCGCGCUUCAAGGUCUCGGACCGGUGCAAGCCCAACUACGGCGCGUGCGUCGACGGCCGACGCUCGGUGCCCAUUGAGCUGCUCGACGUUGCCGGCCUCGUACCCGGCGCGCACCAGGGCAAGGGGCUCGGCAACAAGUUCCUCGACGACCUGCGCCACGCCGACGCGCUGAUCCACGUCGUCGACGCCUCGGGCACCGUCGACGCAGAGGGCAAGGAGACGCGCGGCUACGACCCCUCGGUCGACAUUGCCUGGCUGCGCAGCGAGGUAGUCGCCUGGAUCCUCGGCAACCUCAUGCAGAAAUGGGGCUCCAUCCGCCGGCGGCACAUUGCCAUCAAGGCCACCGCCGCCGAGACGCUGCAGAACCAGUUCUCCGGCUACGGCUCCACGCCGACCGUCGUCAACCGCACGCUCGACCGCCUCGGUUUCAAGGAGCCGCUGGAGGAGUGGUCCGACGAGGACGUGGAGAAGGUGGUGAAUGCCUUCAUCGACGAAAAGUUCCCGACCGUGAUUGCGCUCAACAAGAUUGACCACCCGGACGCGGACAAGAACAUUGCCAAGAUUGCCAAGAUGCAGGACCCCAACAGCAUCGUGCUGUGCUCGGCCAUUUCCGAGAUCUUCCUGCGCAAAAUGGCCAAGCAAAACUACGUCAAGUACGUCGAGGGCAGCGAGUUUGUCGACACGCGAGAGGACCUGGUCGAGCAGGGCGACCCCGACGGCGGCGGCCUCAAGGAGCUCGACGAGAAGAACCGCAACCGCAUCGAGAACCUCAAGGACAUGGUGCUGUACCGCUUCGGCUCCACCGGCGUCGUGCAGGUGCUCUCCAAGGCCGCGGAGCUGCUGGGCCUGGUGCCCGUGUUCCCCGUGCGCAACGUGUCGACGUUUACGACGGGCGCCAACGAUUCGAAAAACGUAUUCAAGGAUUGUGUCUUGGUCAAGAAGGGCUCCACGGUGGGCGACGUGGCGCGCAAAAUCAUGGGCGAUGCGCCGGUCGCAUUUGUUGAAGGCGUGGGCAACAUGAGAGUGUCAGAAGACGACGUUGUUGGAGUCGGCAAGCAUGAUGUGCUUUCAUUCAAGGUUGGUAGGGCAUAG